AUAAAUACAUCGAAGUAUCUCCCCCAGAAUCCCAUCUUCCAUCCUCAUCAACAGCAAGCCUCCGAACAAUCCACAACCCCAAUCAAAACAGCACUCUUCUUUUCCAUCCCACAACACCAAACCCAACUCUUCCAAAAUGAAGCUCAUCGCUAUCGUCUGCACCCUCAUGGCCGCUGCCUCCGUCAGUGCCUCCACCAUCGAGGCCCGUGAUACCUGCGGUGCCGGCUACGGUGGUGACCAGCGCCGCACCAACAGCCCUUGUGCCUCCUCCAACGGCGAUAGGCACUUCUGCGGUUGUGAUCGCACCGGCAUUGUCGAGUGCAAGGGUGGCAAGUGGACUGAGGUCAAGGACUGCGGCAGCGGCACCUGCCACGGUGGCAACCAGGGCGCUGCCCAGUGCUAGAGCGAGAGCGGCGCGCGUCUUGCCAGUUGAAUUGGACUGGUCCCGCGACAAUGGCCGCUGCUGGGGAAAAGUAGUUGGGAAGAUUCAACAUCGGACCAAUUGACUGGCUUUUUGGCGGAACUUGAUCCAGAACUGAGGCUUGGACUACUGUGUUACUCGUCAUUCUUUGAUCCUUCUAUAGUGUGCAUAUAUAUACAGUGCUGUUUGCC